AUGGCUCGCGUGGACGGACGUAUCUACAACUGGGUCAAGCGUUUUCAUCCCGAGGAUCUUUCAUGCCGGCUGAAUGGCGGUUUCCUACACGGUGCAUACAACCUCGGCCAGAAGUUUAUCUUUGACGAUGGGACAAUUUGGUUUCUUCGUCUUCCUCGAGGUAGCAGCAUUUCUCCGGAAUGUGCAGACGAGAAGGUAGCUAUGGAAAUAGAAGCCCUUCACCUGGUCCGGGAGAAGACAUCGAUACCGGUCCCAGAAAUCCACGCAUGGGGAUUUUCAGAGGAGAACCCCUUGGCAGAUGGCGCGCUUUAUGUUGCAGCUUUCGAGAUCGAUUUUGAACGGAUUGGCAGCUUGCCCACCCCAAGGACGAAAUUUCCCGCGCCUGCUCGUCCACUCACAUGGAAGGUGAUCGACAUGAGGGGUUUUCUACGACUAGAGAAUAUUUUUCAAUAUGUGAACAACCAAGAUUGGCAACAACUACGACUUCAACCGAAUUCAAUCGCAGGUCCGCGGGCUGCCAGGUCGAGCUACGCCUCGUUUAAGAUUCUACAGUGUCAAAUACCAGAAUUAACUAAUACAACCUACGACCGAGGCCCUUUCAAACUUAUCUGUGACGAUUUUGGCCUAGGAAAUGUGAUUGUGCGAAGUAAGGAUGACCUUACAAUCACCGGCGUAAUAGAUCUUGAGUGGGUUUACGCCGGCCCAGCUCAGUUAUUUGCUUCGGCUCCUUGGUGGCUCCUUUUGGAUUGCCCCAUUAACACCGAGUGGGACUUUGAAGAGGGAGAGGCUCCGAAAGCCACUGAUGGCUACUUCGAGUGUCUGGCAAUCUUUAAGCGUGUGCUGGCGGAAGAGGAGGCAAAGAUGACGGUAAAUCAAGGGAAAGAACUCUCUGAACUCAUACAAUGGUCCGAAGACUCGGGUGCCAUGUGGCUCCAGAUGCUUCUGUCGAGCGGCUUUUUUGAUACGCCUAGCUUUCCUUGCAUGCAACUGCGGAAGCAUCGGGGUGCUGAAUGGUGGGACGAGCGCAUGGAAGCGUAUGGGGGUACAGAGGAAGAAGUAACAUUCGUGACUAACAAGCUGGAUGAUUUAGCUGCAUAUGACAAGAUUGAAAAUGAGGUUGAACACUGCAAAGCCCUCAUGGAUAGCAAGGAGAUGACAACAGAGGAUUUUAUUUACACUGUCUCCUCUCUUCUCAGGUCUACUCGAUAG